AUGUCCCCCAAACAGCAAGACUACCACCCGCUUCGACGUAGCUCGACCGACGAGGCCUCCGAAAAUGAGGAUGAGAACGAGACCAAGCCAGGGACUAACAAUCUGGACCCCCCACAAUCCGCAAGCCCGACUCUGACGAGCCCACACCGAAGCCCAAGGGCCAUCCUCCUCACCGCCCUCUCCUUCGCAGUCCUCCUCCUUUUCUGCACCAACAUCACCUUCCUCGUCUACUGGCUGAGGAGUACUAAGCUAACAUCGACCCCGUGCGAGCGGGGUUCAUACUACGCCAAUCUCCACCGAGCCAUCCCCCUCCCAAUCCAAGAACACAGCGUAUUCGUCAGCGAAAACGUCAGCGCGGUCGCGUACCUUUGGGAGGACGAGCUCAGCGGCGACCCGGGCGUGGUGGCGCUGGAGAACGAUUUCGUCCGGGAGAAGCAUCUCCCCGAGGCGAUGCCGUUCCCCUGGGAUCCGUCCAAGAGCACGGCGGACCGCGGCCUCCCGCAACGGAUCGCGUUCAGCCACGUCCUGCACUGCCUGGACCAGCUGCGGCAGGAUGUGAUCUGCAACGCCGACGACACCCCGCGGUACGCGGGCCACCCGCGGCCCCGGGAUCCGCCGGGGACGGGGGCAGGGCAGGUCCGUCUGUGUCGCGACUGGGCGCAGCUGGAGCGCUGGGCCCGCGAGCGCACCGCCUGCUUCAAGCAUGAGGAUGAGGUCCCCGGGCGCAUGGUCGAUCGGUUCAAGUUCUGCCCGGAUGGGAGGGUGUUGUGGCCGGUUGAGUAG